AUGUCUGAGGAGCUUCUUGAUGAGGGCUCAAGUACUUUCCAGAUUGACCAGGAUGGAGUAUCAGACAGGCCAUCCUUAGAUGCAGAAGACAUAGCAUUUAAAUUUCAGGACUCAUUGGAAAUGCAUCCAGCAGAGGAACCAACUGAACGUGUGGAAGAUGGACGUCGUAAAAGCACCCUAAAGGUCCAGUCAUCAGAAUUCUUGCAAAUCAUAGGGAAGGAAGUUAAGCGACCACGAAGAAGUAAAUCAGAAACUCCACCACAGAGACGAAAAAAGUAUUUAAAACCCCAAGUGGAUCCAAGACUACUUAAAAAAAUUCCUCAGGCCCGCCCCACUCCUCACCUGCACCACCUAUGCACCGCCACCCCUGCCCGGCAGCUGCCACUUGAUCUGCACCUGGCCUCUCGAGUGUACCACACUGCUGACAAGAAAGGCCACAGCGCCCCGCUGGGAAUCUUUGGACCAUCAUUCCUGGGUGAUCUCUUCGCAGAUACACAAAGAGAUAGAAUAUUAUAUGGCAUUCCUCUUAUGGAUGAACAGCAAGAAAGUGUCAGCAAUGCCCCAGUGCCACCGAGGCUGACCCCUGAAAUAGCAUGGAGAAUGAGGUGGCGCUUUCACAACCCACACCUGGAGCUCUUGGGACAGGAAAUGUCUGCUUAUCCAGGAUGCACAAAAAUGUUUUGGAAUCCAGCUGCGCCGAAAUUUGCAGUUCCAGAGUCUGUCAUGAAGGAAACUGUGUAUCCACAAUAUGAGUGUGUUCAACGAAGCAGAAUUUUGACUAAGAAAUUUUUAUCUGAUGGCAAGGAAAGUGUCGCUUUGUAUGAUUAUAGCACUUUUCAGUCUUUGUUGCCAAGAAGAUGUGUAUCAUUUGAAAAUAUACAACAUUUCAGUUAUCAACAUUCCAGACAACUGAAGAGAGCAAAAUCUUCAGUUGAACUGAGGAGGCAGGAGGCCAUUGCACCAAUGGAAAUCAAGGAUGAUAUACAAAGCAACAUAAAAGUGGUGAUGUUCCAGAAAGCAAAGGAGUUGGAGCACCGGCUAGCUAAGGAAAAUAAAACCAUGGAGGCUUCUGUCUCUGUCUCUGUGAAAGAAAGUAUAGAUGUCAUCUUAGACACCAUUCAGGAAGAAUACAAUUCAGUAGAUCUGUCUCGCUUCCUCACUGAAGCAUCAAGACAAGCAGGCAUUACUUACAUUGUUUAUCCCAAGAAAAAGAAGACGAAAUGGAAGAAAAGCCUGAAAUCUGAAAAACUUACAAUUGUGUGUGAAGAGUUAUCUAAACCUCCAAACAUGAUUAAAAGAUCAACAUCUCACGGAAUACUUCCUGGACAGAAGAAAUACCUCCUCAAAGUUCCAUUAUAUGAACGUUUAACACGGAGUCCCAGCUUACCUAUGUCUUUAAAUUUUGAUAAAUUUGUUGGAAGGAGAGGGGGAAUGCUAGAAACUAGGGACCCUUACAUGUGGGCUCAUGAUACACUCUUUAGAAGUAAGCUUCAGAAAAUAGCCACAAAGGUUGAUGAAAUGACCAUUAAAAGAGACCUUUCUGAAAGCGCAGAAGAACCACCAAAUGUCCAAUUAAGUGAUUCUUUAGAAUGCGAUCUCCCACCAGAGGUCAUAAAACAUUAUGAAUCUGAAGUGGAAAUCUUGACUGAAGAAAUCAAUGAGAAGAAAACAUUUCCUGCAUUUGCCUAUUGUAGGCGUGGAGCAAUUUAUAGGAAACUGGGCAAGUUGCAGAGUGCCAUGAGUGAUCUACAGGAAGCUAUUCUUUUGGAGCCAUUGUUUCUCAAUGCCUAUUGGCACCGACAUUUCAUUUAUCUGUUUCAAGACAAAAUUAAUGAAGCUUUGGAAGACUUGAAUUAUAUAAGUAAAUAUAACAAAAAUAAUGCAGAUGCAUAUUUAUCUAAGGCUGAAAUUUACAGGAAAAGCAACAACAUUACUCUGGCAAUUCUAAACUAUACCCAGGCGAUUAAGUGUAGGCCCACAAAUGCUGAUAUCUAUUUCAGGAGGGGUGAAGUUUAUGAGAAAGAGAACAGAGUACUGGCUGUUGAUGACUUUUCUAAAUGUAUUUUUUAUGAUCCCAAAAGAACAGAUGCAUUAAUGAAACGUGGGAAGUUUUACUCUGAAAAUGAAAAUUGGAUUUCAGCUAUACAGGAUUUUACAGCUUUGUUAAAUAUAGAGCAGAAAAAUUCUGAAGCAUGGACAUAUCGGGGGAAAGCAUAUUUUAGAAGGCACCUUUAUAAACAAGCGACUCAAGACUUUUCAGUUGCUAUUCACUUAGAUCCUAAUAAUUGGCUUGUGUCCUGUUCUAAGACUCGACCAACCCAUGGAUUUGCAAAGUUUUAUGGCCUUACAUUAAAAGAGACUUUGAAUACUUACCUGGCAGGGGAGAUACCGUGA